AUACAUAAAUUUGUUUCAGUCGGCCGAAACAUCCUCUGGCCGAGGACCUCAAUUACAUCUAGUGCAUCGCUCACCAGUUUCACCUCUAUGGUCCCAACAUUUAGAGGAAUCGACCGGGAAAAUUUUGGCUACACUAGCGUUCCAACAGGAGUUACUGCAUAUGUACUCAGCUCGGAGUUGGUCGGAAUCAUUCUAACGUUGGGGUCAGGACAACAAAUUUUUGGAAAUACAGGUUCUGGAGGAGCCCAAACCCUUCAGACGUUCUCUGGCUCAGUAUCAUCAGUUACAACGUACUCUAACUCGAAUGGUGCCGUCUGUGGAAUUCGGAUAGCACACGGGGGUUCCAGUGACAUAGUCCAUGGCUGUAGCUCUAAUGCAGCUACUGUGACGAUAGACUCUGACUUCGGAUUCGCUGGAUUCUCCGGUCUGCAAUUAACGAGUGGGGCUGGAGAUUUUGUUCUUUAUCCAUUGCAAUACCAACUUUUGCAUCCUCGGGUCGUCUCGUGGACUGCCACCGACAGUUCAAUUCACUUCAAUUACAACGUUUUCUGGCCUACAAGCCAAGUUACAGUGAACUACAACUCAAGAGCCACUCGCAACGCAGACUUAUCACUUGCUUACGUCACAGCCACGCCCGAUACUCUGACACUAAAUGGGGUUACUGUGAAUGACGUCACCAGUUUUCCGUUUUCCUCCGAAGUUGAAAUAAAUGAAGGGUUGAUGCCAUGUUCGCCUAUGAGUUUGACUCUGCAAUCUGUCAGUGUAAAUGGGAGGGUGUUCAAAGAGCAAGAAUACUUCGCAUGGACUUAUGGACUCCAAGUGACCAAUACAUCGACAGUGCAAAUAGCCGAUGCAGUCUCGGGAACAACCUUCACGUCCAGACCUACUUACUAUUCACAGUUGGCAGAUGACCAGACAUGUGAUGAGAUAUACCCGGUGGAUUUUGGAUUGUCUAAUAACCAGUUAUACGUCAAUGGGUUGGAUCUGGGUGGGACAUUCUCGGGAACAGCUACGAGUCUCACCAACCAAAUCAUCAAUAAGGUUGUUGUGUACUACAGUUCAACGUCUGAUACCCUAAAUGGUCUGGCAUUCUCCUGGAAUGAUAACAAUUACCAGCUAAUAGGAACAACAUCUGGCCUAUCAGUUGAGUUCGACUUCACUUCCUCCUCGGGUCAAAGCAAGAUCCUCUGGUACAUUGAGACAGUAGUGUCUGGAUCGACAACACAACAAUUGACGUUUUACUGGGCCCAAGCGCGCGAGCCUGUAUUGGUCUACACGAGAGAUGUUUCUGAUGGAGCAGCUUACCAAUCGACAGUUUUUACUAGCGGAACAGAUGCUAACUUGAAGAGUAUUGUGUGGUAUAAUCCAGCCGACUUCUCAAGUGUUGACCUCAGCCUGAACGGAUACUUUUUCGCAUCUCAAAACUCUUUCUUAUCCAACUUCGACCAAUCACAAUCGAGAGGCAGAGACGGAACUGCUUAUGCUUAUCAAUUGGUGGCUGGUACUACUUAUGAUUAUGCUCUUACUGGGCUAAUAAGUUAUGUUCCGGAUAGUAAUCAGGCAGAGAGCACAGUUUAUUCGUACAGCAACAACGGACAGCUCAAAACAGCAUCGGGAGUCCAAAUUCAGUGCACGAAUGAUGGCAAAAUGGAUCUCCAGGUCAACUAUGAGGCUUUGCCUGAAGUCACCGUUCGCUUUUCGUCUGCCGGCACAAACACCGAAGUCGACCUAGGCGACGCCAAUAACUUAACCCAAAUUACACAAUCAGUAAGCGAAGUACAAUCACAGUGGCUAAAGGAGAACCACUUUACUUACGCUAACAGUCCCAUCAACCCGGAUUUCUCAGGAUACCCCGCAAAGGUGCAAGUCUACUGGGACAACUCAGGGUCCUGCAUCCGAGGACUCUCUUUGGGCUACGCCGACAGAGAUGGUGUUAUCAUUAACGAGUGGAUUGCUGGAUCUCAGAGCGGUUAUGAUAAUAGUCAGAGUGGUAAUAAAGUGGAGGUUGACUGGUCUGGAAUUACAUCUGGAUAUGACAAUGUGCCAGUGUCUGUUAUAAUUGCAGAUGGAGGGACUUGUCUAGCUGGAAUUGAGUUCAGGAAUAGUAACAAUAUGGAUAUCAGUGGCGGCUGUAUGGGUCCUGUGGACGACUCUGCCUGCUCUCAGACGGCAUUCACUCAGCCAUCUGCACCCACUGGCCUCCCAGAUUACUACUUGUAUGGUCUAACUGUAGGAUCAGAUGGCAGUGGAGACUUCAUUUAUAGCUUGAGUGCACAGUAUGCGUCAGUAGACUUUCCCGAUUUGUUGGCCCGAGACAGAACUUGUACUUUUGACUGGACAGUGUACCCUCAGUUCAUCAGGGACAGCUACUUCUACAGACAGUUCAAUCUGGACUCAGAUCCACUGCAGUGUGGCUCUUCUAGAGAAGUGGUUGACAUCGGUGUGGCAGACAACGUUACGGUAAACGUGCUUUACGAACAAAGAGUCAGUCGCAGUCGGGACGAUCCAGCGGCCAAAGCUCUGACGUCACAGAACCAACUGACUAUCACGAGGUUCAACGACUGGCACGUGUCAGCCUUUUGUUACUACAAUGGCGAAGGCAUAGAGACUGGACAAGUGAAGACCAUUCAAGAGGCGGAUCAGGCGGCGGCCGGAACCAACCAGUUCCAAUUUUCUAUGAAUGUGUAUUUCGACAACACCUUUCAGGAUUUUUACACAUCACAAUCUCCCCCCAUGAUCUUGGGCGAGCCGAUGUACGUGAUGGUGACGGGAGAUUUCAACCUGCAGAACUUCCAAGUAGUAGCCACAGAUUGCAAGGCCACUAAGACGUCCAACCCAGAUGACGCAGAAUUUUACACCAUCGAAGCUGACACCUGUGCGGCAGAUGACUCGUUUGAGAGGGACACUCCUCCAAUACACCUAGCAGACGCAUUCCACUUCAACGCCUUCGCUUGGUUCGAUGAGAGCUCAGAUCAAGUCUUAACCGCCUCUGUCUACUUGCACUGUGACGUCAGAGCAUGUCCUGAAGGCGAGAGCUUCUGUGACAUCACCGAUCCAACUGCCUGCGGAAGUAGGCGAAGAAGACGCAGGUCCCUGUAUUCUGACAACGACUCUCCACCGAAGGGUUCGAAAAUGGUCAAAGUGAGAAGUAAGCAGCCCAUCCAAAUCAUCCGACCAGGACUCUACGAAACACUGAAAGUGGAUCGAGGCAUGUACCCGGUGGACAGAAGCGACCCUGAGCUGUCUUCCCACCAGGCACUUCUAGCCUUUCUCUUCCUCCUCACCACCUUCACCCUCUCCCUCUAUCUCGCCAUCCGACUACUCAAGCUCAGACGGAGUCGCUGGUGUUCCAAUAUGUUCAGUGGAUUCUCACAGUCUAAGAACUACUUGUCAAAUAAAGUCUGCUAGUAGUUAUCUUGUAGAACACCAAAUCUCCAAAUCUUCUAUUUGUACAUGAUGGCACCAUUAUUUUUUAUAAGAACAUCACCAGUUUAGCAAUUGUUUUCUCAGUCUUGUAAAAAAAUUGUCAUUUUUUGUGGCUCAAAUUU